AUGGAUCAGGGGCAGAACAACAGCAGCAAGCUAGCGGUGACAUAUCCUGCACGUGCUGGCCUUCUUGCCCGGGAGCUGCACAAGCUGAACGUGCAUGUGGCCGCCAUCCAGGAAGUUCGAUGGCCCGGUCAUGGAGAGCGAGAAUUCACGGCGGUGGACCCCAUCGCCAACACCUCUUUCAAGUACCACAUCUACUACAGUGGCGGCGAAAAGGCGAUGCACGGAGUCGGUUUUGUAGUGAUUGGGGAUCAGAAGAACCGAGUCAUCAAGUGGAAGGUGGUGAAUGACCGGAUCUGCGUGUUGAGAAUAAAGGGCAAAUUCUUCAACUACAGCCUGAUCAACAUCUACGCGCCGACAAACGACAAGCCCGAUGACGAUAAAGACGCUUUCUACGAGCGUCUCGACAAGACCUAUGGAGAGUGCCCAAGACAUGACGUGAAGAUAGUCAUCGGAGACGCAAACGCGCAGGUCGGAAGGGAAGCCUUCUUCCAUCCGGUCAUCGGCAAGGAGAGCCUUCAUCCUCGCACGAAUGACAACGGCCUACGUUUGGUCAAUUUCGCCGCAGCCAGAGGAAUGGCUAUCUGUAGCACCUUCUUUGCGCGCAAGAACAUUCGGAAGCACACCUGGCGCCACCCAAAUGGCGAAUCGUGCACUCAAAUCGAUCACGUUUUGGUGGAUGGUCGACACUUCUCGGACGUGAUGGACGUCCGAUCGUACAGAGGACCGAACAUCGACUCUGAUCACUUCCUGGUAGCGUGCAAGAUCCGAGCUAGGCUGUCGAACGUGUUGACCCCGCGGACUGCGAGGAUAGCGCGGUUGAACGUCCAGCGCCUCGCGAGCAGCGACGUUGCUGCAGAGUACAGUCGGAAGCUCGACGAGCGGAUCAACGAGGACGCGCCUACAGUGAUCGGCACGACCAGAGGACGCAAACCCAAAGGGUGGUUCGAUGCGGAGUGCCAGCGAGUGACGGACGAGAAGAACGAGGCCAGAAAGCGUAUGCUGGUGAAGGGUACGCGCCGAAACUGUGAGCGAUACAGUGAGCUGCGAAGAGCUGAGAAACGAACCCACCGCCGAAAAGAACGGGAGUACGACGAGAGAGUACUUGCCGAAGCUCAAGCACAGUACAACGCGAAUGAUAAGCGGAGGGAAGGUAACCUGUUGACAGAUAAGACAGCGGUAGCGGCCAGGUGGAAGGAGCACUUCCAACAGCUGUUGAACGGUGAGACGCGAGAGGAAUCGUCGAGGACAGGAUGA